AUGAAGUUCUACGUUGUCGCCCUAUUGGUGGUUGUCAUGGUUUUUGUAAGUUCUGACACCGUCUCCGCUGCGAGGGAGUUGAAGUUGAAGCUGGCUGAUGUCCCUUUCCGCGUGUUCGAGAACACCUCAAGCAAGAGGCUUCUCAGAACUUAUCAUUCCGGUGAGGAAGAGAGGGGGAUUUCGGUGAAUAUCCCUGGCCUGGAGAAGCUCUCAAAAGCAUUUACGUCAAGCAAGACCAAGGAGCUUCAGGGAUUGCUUACGGCCGACGAUUCGCUUGGGAAUGCCUUCAAAACACUACAGCUCAGUAAAAUGCCGAUUGGUAAGGAUGGUUUUAUCGAGACGGAAAUGGUGGUUAAGUUUUUAUCCAGCCGCAACUUUAAGGUUUGGUCUCACCAUGCCGCCAAGCUGAACAAGGAGGACUCGUACGGCGCCAUGAUUACAGCACUCACGAAUGUCUUCGGCGAUAAAAAUGUGGUGAUAAUGGUCCUACUGGGGAAGCAUUCGAGGAGCUCAAGCGGUGUCUCCAAGAAGUUGGAGACAGCGCUACUCAACAAGUGGUACACCGUCGACAAGUACAGAAUAGCCGAUGAUAUGGUUGCGAAGGUGUUGGGAGUGAAGAGAAAUAGGAUUCAUGAGUACCCUCGGGAGAAGUUCAUUUGGGGAGAUUAUUCAAAGUACAUCACGAACAGAGUCAUGAACUAUUAG